AUGAGUAUUGCAGAUUUGGACCCUAACUAUGUGUUAGUGGUCGAGUAUUCGAAGAAGAACUUGUCGGUUUUACUAGCGGAAUUAGGUUCUAAAGGUAUUUCGUGUGAAUGUAGACCAGGCCAUGAUGAUAGUAAUGUGUAUGUAUUUGUCCGGGAUGAUCUGGGACGUGCACUACGUGUGGCUGAACGUUUUGACUUCGUCAAGCAUGUCACACCUUUGUACGGUAGUAAGAAGAGGGAUCAAAUCCGGGAGAUGGGUUCGGACUUGAUUAUGAAACGGUCGUUGAUCAAAGACUCGGAUUUGGUUUCUUUAGCUCAGGCAACGGGCAAUCCAAGAGUUGCUUUGUACUUUGCGUUUGCGAAGACUUACACGCGGUUUUUAAUGCCAUUGGCUUUGUUCGGUUUGGUUCUUCGUUUGUUUAAUCCGAACGGGACGGAAUUCAACACCCAUUAUGCAAUUGUUGUUUUCCUUUGGGCUAUCACAUUUAUCACACUCUGGAAAAACAAGUAUGAGCCACAUUACACGUCUGAGUUUGGCUACUUGACGCUUGUUCCGCUUGAAGACUCUAGAGUGACGUUUAUAAAGAAACUCUGCUUUGUUCCAGUGGCCUUAAUUUUCGUUGUUUUGUUGUUGGUCUUCCAAUUGCUGUGUUUCGCUUUGGAAAUAUUUGUUACGCAACUAUAUAAGGGACCAUUGGCUUCGGUUGUUGCACUCUUGCCCACGGUUCUACUCUCGGCUUACGUUCCUAUUUUGACAAUGAUCUACAACAAAUGUUUUGUUGAAAAAAUGACUGCUUGGGAGGGUGGUGUCAACCCUGCAAGAUCUAAGCUCGAAAAGAACUUCGUAUUCACAUUCUUGACAAGCUACGUUCCAUUGCUAAUGACUUUGUUCAUCUAUUUCCCAUUCGGCCACCUUUUGAACCAGUACUUGCCUACUCUUCAAAGUUUCGCCUCAAAAGUUCACAUUCCAAUUCACUCAAGUGAGUUUAAAAUGAACUUAUCUCGCUACCAAACUCAAUUCUUUUACUUUACUGUAACCAAUCAGGUUGUAGCAUUGGCAAUGGACAACAUACUUCCAAUUGUUAUGGGUAAGGUCAUGCCAAUGAUCACUGGAGAAAACAAACCUGACUCUUCCAAGUCUAGGAUCACAAAAUUGGUCUCGCAAGAAUUCCCGGAGGAAAAGAAAUACUUGGAUGAGAUCCGCUCAUAUGAGACAGGUCCUUGGGGUGAAUUCAAUGUGGAUGAUAACACGCGUAAAUUGGUUCUACAAUUCGGAUUUGUCGUCAUCUUUUCGUCCAUAUGGCCUUUAGCACCUUUGGUCUGCAUUUGUUUCAAUAUUUUAUUCUUCAAGUUGGACCUUUGGAGAGCUCUCAUUAAAUGUGCCCCACUUGUCGAUGGAAAAGCUAGAAGAGAUGUUAUGAAAGAGGAUGGAUAUGAGGAAAUUACAAUGUCGCCUUGGAACUCUAUUUUGACUUUCCUCACCUGGUUUAGCACGUUGGUCACGCCAGCUAUGUUGUUAAUGUAUAGAAACAAUGAUUUACCGGGUGUUGGAUAUUCUUCAACGACAGAGAAACGCUCAAUUUCUACGACCUGGUAUCAAGAUUAUCCAUUCCAUUAUGACCUCAAGAGCAUUUUGCUGUACAGCUUUACCUUGGAGCAUGUCUUCUUCCUCAUUUACCGGGCAAUAUCCAAGAUUUUACAAGCUCCUUUGACCAAAGAGGCAGAAACUGUCCUUCCAACUGAAGAGCAAAAGGAACCCGAAAAGCUGAACUUAGAGAACGUUGUGAACAGGACCGCUCAAUUCAUGGACAAACUUUCGACGACUAAACCUGCAGAUGCUAAAUCGACAGAGCAUGAUGAGAAAACGACUGCCAUGAAUGAAGCCCCUGUUACAGAACCAAAAACAUCAGCACCUGAAGAUGUGAAAACCACUGGUGUUGACAUUAACCGUUCUGAAAAUAACUCGGUGAAAAGAAGAGGUCCAAUUUCCCCGGUCCCAGUUCCAGCGACGACAUCUCGUAACCCUGAUCCUGUUUCUGUUGUGGGUGUGGCCCCUGGACCUGGUGUUGCGGCUCCAAGGGAAACUGGUUCUCUUUCGGUUUCUAAGGUGAUUCCAAAUGGAACAGCAACAAAGGAGUCGUCUGUUUCCUCUCUGACGUCUUCAUCCGUGGCAGGAGCAACCCUGCCGCCAACUAUUCCAACCUCGAAGAAUUACGACUUGAGAAAAUCUACCCCAAAUAUCGAAGCUGCAAGCGUAGCUACUAUUUCUUCCGUUCCUCGUGAGACCGCUAAGCCCACCGCGCAACCAGAGGAACAAAAAUCAGCAAGUUCUCCUGCCAUUCCAGCUACUGCUCCUGUUGUUAUUUCCACCCCUGUUGCUCCUGUUGAUGAUGCUGUUCCAGAGAAGAAAGAACCGAUCCAAAAUAGUAAAGUGCCAAAGCUCGAAGUUAGUCUGGCCGCCGAUGCUCAACAAUUCGUAUCCUCAAAAGCAACAGAACCCGAGAAGCAAUUCGUGAAUGAAAAUAAAGUUAUGGCUACUCCUCAGAAGCAAAUUGUUCCAGAGAACCAUAUUAAGCACCAUAGAACAUCUUUGAAAAAGGAUACCGAAUCAAUUGAUUCAACACCAGCUACUACGUCAUCCGCAUCGGCAAAAAAGAAGAAAAAGAAGGGCAUUAUGUCACCUUUGGGUAAACUAAAAAAGAAGUUUUAA